CCCCCCCCCCCCCGCGCCGUCCUGCGGGCGCGGUGCGGCGCCGACGCGCGGCGGGGGCGAACCCAGCGCCGGCCCGACGGCGGAGGCCCAGGAGGCCCAGAAAGGGCGAAGACGAGGGGAAGCUGACACGCUGGAGUCCCGGCCCGACACCAGGCAAGCCGCCGCCGUAGUUCGGCGGCGCCUGACCCAGCGGCCUUUGGCCCCAGACAGACCCCGUUUUCGCGGAGGCCGUCCGCUUGUGGGGCUUACGGGUUGCCGUGCAAGCGCUGCAGCCCUGCUCAAAGGGGAAUGUCUGAAGCUCCUCCUCGUUGAUAUCGCUCUGCGGCAGGGGGUCCCCGACGCCGUCGUGGAGGGCGAGAAUGACGCCCGUGGCUGCAUGAGUGCUAGCACACGCAACGAGUACCACGCAGAAGACGAUCGGGGUGAGGAACGACCUGGUCAUCAACGCAACUGCGAGACGGAAGUUGUCCAGUCCCAUGCCGCCAGCACGCAUGCAGCAAGCAUGACCAGCGAUCAGAUGCCGGCCCGGACGACAAGAGAGCCCCGGGGCUCUCACGCUCCUCGCCCAGGAGGGCCACCGGGCCGGCGAGGGAGACGUGCGCGCCGAUGCCCCCCGCGAGCCAGAAGACCUGCAGGAUGCCCCGCGUGACUCCGCAGGUAAGGCCGCUGGCCGCCGCCACCUCGCCAGGCAGCGCACUUCGCUGGAGAUGCCGGGGCUGUGCGGGGCGACGAGCAGGUCGCUGACCUCGAGGUGCGACGGCCGUGGGCCUCGCGAUGCCUCCUGACAGCCGCUACAACUCGCCAUGCAAGCUCAUUGACCAUAGAAGGGGCCGUCGCAACCGGCCACUCCUUGAGCAGGGCGAGAUGGCGCAGCGCAGGCGCAACUGAGAAAAGUGCCAAGAGACACCACAUGUCAAGAAUGGCGUCGCAGACCAGGUGCAGAAACAGAGCCGCUGUAAUCGUUGGUGAAAAUUUACGGCGCUCGCGAAUACAGUUGCCGAGCCCUCGACAUGCCACCAACAAUUGCAUCGCAGCCAAUAUCAACUUCCGUGUUACGUGUGGCUCUGAAUAAACCACGACGGAAACGUCAUACUUUUGUAUAUUCGUUUCGUCCCACUUUGCUUGCCAAGCUUUGGUCUCUUCACGCUGAAGAAGUGAAACUAUCUCCCCUUUGGUCAUGCCUGCCAGCUUCGUCAAUGGGUACAAACUCGCUUCGCGAAUUGCAACCCAGACCAUGUCAGUCACAUAUAGCCCCCAGCUCGCUUGCGUUGCGGAGUUAUGAAACGUCUGGUGAACCUCAGUAGCGUUGGCAGUAAAAACGCCAACCACAGCAAUAGAUUCAUGAAAAGACCUUGCCCGUUCGACAGCCACGUGAGAGACUGGGCACCUGGAGUCCCCGAGCUUUCUCUCCAGACAGUUGCCGUCGUCCCGAGUGAAAGUAUGCCGCGGGAUCAACGCCAACAGCGCACCGCUCUCGAGGAACAGCGCCUCAACAUCUCCGCGACACCUGGGGUCACUCCGCACUCUGCCGAUGAGUGCGACUUGGCAGAUGCUCUCCCGGGCGGUGACACGGAGAGCGACGCACACGGACAAGGCCGCGCAGGGGAGGCCGCGCCACAGCGCGCUGCGGCGCCGGAGCGCCCCGAGGUCGGGCGCCCCCCCCUCGACAUAGCUGCGCCCCUGGCAGACCACGAGGACCGGCGCGUCCGGGUCGAGCGCCACGACCGCUGAAAGAAAGAGGCGACCGCCCUGCUAGAAGCACCGGGCGCCAAGGAUGCUGGUCGCUGCGACUCCGCCGAGGCCGACGAAGGCGGCGACAUGCCUUAAAACGGCAGCGCCGCCGCCUCGCUCCUCGCGAGGUGCGCCUCCGCCGCCCGGAAGAGUUGCCGCAGAAUGGAGCCCCAUUUGCUCAGCCAAGCUCCGACCAGGAAGAACAGGUCGAGGUAGCUCAGGAGAGCCGAGAACAUAGACACAGAAACGCACGCGCAGUCCGCAGUAACCUGGUCGAGGCGCAGGGGGAGCUGUCCAGAUGCGCCCGCUUGAGCCAAAAAAUUGGC